AUGACUCAGUUACUGAUUGCCCUUUCAGAGUUGCCAGUUGAUUCGCAGCAGCGCAGGGCUCAAAGUAGCCCAUGCUCACCGUUGACUGCUGCGACUCGCACUUCAACUCCAGUGCGCCCCCGAGCCACUCCAAUCAGAGGUCCACAGCGGUACGCUGAGGCAACAUAUGCCCUCAUUGAGGCCCGCUGUGAUCGGGACACUGCAAUCGAGAACCGCCGCCUCCAACUUGAAGAGGACCGGCUCCGGUUCGAGAUAAAGCGCCAUGAGGAGAAAAUGAAGCUGAAAGAAAUGGAGCUUCAACAGAGGCAGGCGGAGCAGGAGGCAAAAUUCAAGCUAAAGGAGCUUGAGCUAGAGGCGCUAGCUGAGGAGCGCAGGCACAACAGGAGCUAUCAAGAAGCGCAGCUUGAAAUCAUAAAGUCAUUCACAAAUAAGUAGAUGUAUCCGUUUAAACCUCCAUGUAACUAAGUCCGCCAUAACUAAGUACUUAUUCGGGGCCAUGACAAGGUCACCCUCCGUACUGCUAUUCUCAGCUAAAAAUUGUAGAGCGUCUAUUGUGCCUGUAAAUGUAUGAAAAACAGACAUUAAAAAAUAAUAUCUAAUUGCUAAGUCAGCUAUAGAAGUCUCCAGCUAUAAACUCCGCCCACUGCCAGCUACCGUUAUGUUGCCAUGGGGUGUGGGACGUCAUGUGUUUCAUGCAGGAGAUCUGUCUUCUCCCGAACUUCAGCCAGUGCAAAUUCUUCAAUUUUUCAAUUCCAAGGCAUACAAAAGUUGAAGUAGCUCCAUUGUACCGCAACUGACCAUGAAACAGUUGUUGGGCGGAAUAGAUACGCUCACAAAGCAAGUGUCUUAUUAUGUCAUGGUUCACAUGUACUGUUGUGAGGCUACCGGGCCACAUGCGUGUUUAUAACAAUCCUCAUUAUAAAUUAAGCGUUCAGCCAAAUGUGCUGAAAUUUCACCAGCUCAUUUGUCAACAGCAAAGGACCAACUUUUAUAAUACAGAUUAUGAAAAUUGCUUGUCAUGGCUCCUUGGAAUGAACAUUAAAGAGAUACAAUGACUUGGUUUUAGGUUGACAAACUGCACUCUGAGAACUCUAACCCCAUGUUUCACAGUUGGAAAUUAAUUAUUCGUGGAGAAAAUUAAGGGUGAAGUUUCAUUUUUAUUUAGCACCUGAAUGUCCAUGCGCUUUAUAAAAAAAUCGAUAAAGGAAGGCAAUACACUAAAACAUCUGCUAGUGCCAGUGGUCAAAACAUGUAGUUUUAGCGUUUGUCAAGUCAUCUUCCGUGCAACAGAGACCAGCCACUACAGUUGAAGGGGAAUACAUUUUUCUAAAUUUUGGAAAGAGUUGAAGUAGAAAAAAAUGCAGUGUGGUAAUCUAAUACAGAAGUCAUAAAAUCACUUGAAUAGCACUGCAGAGGGUUUCGCCAUAGAAGUACCAACUCUUAUGCGAAGAACCUUCAAUGCGAUGAUUUGUAUCGGUGAUGUUUUGUACUUUGUUACAUGGAGGUUUAUGCAUAUUUUAUGAACAAUUUUAUGGUUGUACAAAACUGCAACAGCUGCUCUUGAUGAUGCUUUGCUGUUAGCUGUUCAACAAGCUCUGCAGAUAGCGCCUCCCGUUUGCCACUUGCUGUUGCCAAUACAUUGCCCCUCUGUCUCACAUAAGGCCAGUGGAAAAUGUACGAGGUCUGUUA